CCACGUGUUCCACACCCGGCUGUCAAAUAUGGCCCCUUCCUUCUGCGUGUGAGAGAAGACAGCUGACAAAGGAAAGAAAUCUGUCAGAAAGGACUCAUGUAACACCGCAGCUUCGUCUACAUUUCGCUGCACUUAUGUGACAUCCUCACAAGUGGCUGCCAAAUGAUGAAGUGUGCCAGAGAGAGGAAGUGACAGAAGAAGGCCUUCGUUGUUGCAGACCAUCUGUUCAGAUCAACCCUCCUUCCCUGCAGCCAUGCAGAUCAGCCCGGUGUACGUGGAGUCCUCUGUAGUUCUGGCCGUGGUGCUGUGCGUCCACAUGGCCGUGUGGAACCAGCACUCCUGGUGCAUUAUCGCCCUCUUCAUCCAGGCGUUCUACGUGCAGCACAAAUGGGACCGUCUGCUCCGCUCGGGAGGCGCCGUGUUCCAGUUCCGCCCGUCGGCGAACAGUGGCAUCGUCCCGGCCUCCAUGGUGAUGCCUUUACUGGGCCUGGUGCUGAAAGAAAAGUGCUCCGCCUCGGGGAACGUCUACUUCGAGCGCUUCUCCAUGGUGGUCACCAUCACGGGCAUGAUGCUGGCUCUGUUCCUCUCGCUGAUUGCGCUGGGCAUCACAAGACCCGUACCCACCAACACGUGCGUGAUCGCAGGCAUGGCCAGCAGUGCGAUUCUCUACACGACGAAACAGACGCUGACGGUGUCCGAGGUCAUCGAGGUCUUGGAGGUACUGUUGAUCUUCGUUUAUCUAAGCCUGAUUGUGCUUUACCUGCUGCCACGCAGCUUCACCCCCGGAGAGGCGCUCCUCAUCGUCGGUGGAAUCAGUUUAAUCGUCAACCAGCUUAUCAAGCGCUCCCUGAAUCUGGCAGAGGUCAAAGGGGAUGCAGUGAACUACUUCCUGCCGGUCAUCGUGGUGGGCUCGCUGCUGCUGGGCGUUUUCUUUGCCCUGCUCUUCUGCUUCAUGGAGUCUGAGACCUGGGUGUCAUCGCUUUUCUUUCACAUGAUGACCGCCGUUCUGGGUCUGGGAAUCCUCAUGCCGUGGCUCUCCCUGUUCAUCGGCCGGCACCCCAUCAUGUGGCUGUUGGACUUUGUCACGUUGAACGACCGAAGGCUCUACCUGCUGGGGUACUGGAUGUUUCUGGUUGUUGUGGCCACUUGUGUUGUGUUGCACCAGAACUACCAGCGCCAGUCGGGGUCCAAGAAGCACCAGGCCUCGACUAUUGUGAGGAAGUACUUCCAUCUCAUCGUGGUGGCCACAUACGUCCCCGGGCUAAUCUAUGACCGGCAGCUGCUUCACGUGGCAUCUGUGGGUUGCUUGGCGAUUUUCUUGUUCCUGGAGUACGUGCGUUACUUCCGGAUCCUGCCGCUGGGUCAGCUCCUCAGGCAGCUGCUCACCUUGUUCCUAGAUGAGCGGGACUCUGGGCCUCUUAUCCUGACCCACGUUUACCUGCUGAUAGGCGUGUCCCUGCCCAUAUGGCUGUUCCCCGGGCCCUGCGCGCCGAGGGGGAUAAUCCCCGGUGCAGGCGGCCUGGUGCCUUAUGCAGGUGUGCUGGCCGUGGGGGUCGGAGACACUGUGGCGUCCGUGUUCGGCAGCACCAUGGGGGAGAUCCGUUGGCCCGGCACUAAGAAAACCAUGGAGGGGACGGCAACAUCGGUGUUCGCCCAGAUCAUUGCCGUGGCCAUGUUUCUCAUCUUUGAUGGGAGUAUCAAUCUGAACUCCACCUACUCAUGGAUCGUCGGCUCCGUCACUCUGGUGGCCAUGCUGGAAGCCUACACCUCCCAAAUAGACAACCUCCUCCUCCCGCUCUACCUCUUCAUCCUGCUGUUGCUUUGACCGGACACACGGCACAAACAAAAACAGAUCCCUGUCCUCGGCUCUUUCUAGGGGUAGAAAGACAGAUGAAUUUGGGGGGGUAAGUGUAAGAAAUAUAAAAAUCGAAGUGUCAGAAAUCCCUUUAUCAGUUGACCGAUCGGAGCAAGAAAAGUUAAAGCCGAAAGUUUCAUCAAGCCGGGUAAUCGCUGAGUCAACAAACCAACAGGGGAGUAAAAAUAAAUGAAUAAAUAAAGCGCUGAUCGGCAAGUGAGGAAAUAAAACUGUUGAUGCAUCGUCUAAGUCUGAGCUCGUUGAUUUCUCUCCCGUGUUUAUGACUUAAGUGUGGAAACAGGAGUUGUUGUAAGACCAAGAGGCUGAAUGGCACCUCAUGUUUUAAAUACGACUUCAUGUUUUCUUCCAGGUGAGUGUUCAUUUCUCCGUGUUCUCUAAACACAAGGUGUGUUGACAACAGCCAACACCUUUCCCCCACCUGUUCUUAAGUCGUAAACACAGCAGAGGAAACGCUUCAGACGUAGAAGAAGCUCCACUGGAUACACGUCUGGCUCUCAGGGCUCCCGCAGGCGUGACGUUAGCGUGACAUGUGAUACAUUGUGGAGUCUGUGGCCCUCAGAUCACAAGUCAUUUCAGUAUCGGGUUCUUUGAGCAAUGAGACGAUCAUUUCAGAAUUGGUUACAAAGAAAUGUGAGUAAGAGUUGCUAAAUAUUCCUCGAGCUGCGUCUGUAGUGACCGUGGCGGUGUGAGGUUUCUUUGCCGUCCUGAAUUAUGCAGCAGGAGAUUAGCAAAGUGGAAAAAUGUCCCUUUUUUAAACACAUGUGGACAGUGCAGACGCUGCUGCUGCUGCGCACAGUGCAGACGCUGCUGCUGCGCACAGUGCAGACGCUGCUGCUGCGCACAGUGCAGACGCUGCUGCCUGCGCACAGUGCAGACGCUGCUGCUGCGCACUCUGAUCACCAAUGAUCACAUUUUGUAUUGCCUUUGAAGAACAUUAAUUAAAGUUCGCUUAGUUUUUGUUAUUAGGUUAUUUUGCCUCCCCGAUGGCAAUAUGAAGGACUUACUGCUGAAAGUAUUUGCCUUAAGAAGUAUAUUUUCUAUCACACAUUACCUACUAUUGUAGAUGAAAGCAUGGCAGCCCCUCGACUCUUUAUAAAGGGCUGGUUUAUACUUCAAUAUGGCAGAAUCUAAUAUGCUCUUGCAUGACAGUAAUGUGAAAUGAGUACUGUAACACGUACGCAGGUAUCUACAGUAUAUUUUAGUUUGAGGUUUGAUGGGACCCCUUAAAGAUACACUUAACAUAUACAUGUCAUGUGAUACUGAGCCUUCACCCUGCAUAUUAGGGUUGGAACGUGAUGAACGAAGGCCUUUUUCUUUUGAUUUCUAGAAAUAUCCUCAUCAGGUUUCUUCUCAUCGUUCUUGGAUGAUGUUUAAUAAUUACCAGCCUUAUGGUUUCUCUUCAUCUGUAAAAGGUAUUUGGUGUUUUUAUUUUGUUGUAUUAGCAUGAUCCUACUGUUUUGCUAUCAUCCUUACAUUUUAAUAACGUAAUAUUGCAUGUUGAGUGCAUCAGAGAUGGAAGAUAACAUUGAUAUGCCUCCUGAUUUAGUGCAUUAGUUUAAUACACACGUGAGAAGCAGACAUUCAUCCUUCUGGUUCCUCACUUUAACAUGAACAUACGAGGUUUGGAUGUUGUGGUUGAUCAUUCAUUUCGUCUUAACGCGAACAUACUUGAAAGUAGAAAUGCUUACUGUCGUCUGAAAAAUAUAUGAAUCAUCUCGUUUUGACACAAUUUGAAAAGAUUACAAACAAUGUUGCUGAAUAAAAGUAGAACUAAAUGUUUUGUGAUGUCUUCAUGGAAAGUUGAUCUCAGAUGAUUUUGUAUUUAAAACAUUUGAAUUCAUCCAAACCACAUCCUCUGUGGUUAAAACUGUUCAUGUUGGUUCUUCUUCAGGAAAUAAAGAGUUGUGUGUC